CUUCCUAUUGUCUAUUCUGUUUUUCAAGAUUUUGGGCAAAGACAAGCCUUGUCAUUGUCUCAGGCAGGAAGCAAAGUUGGCAUCUCUUGAAGCGUCGCUCGCUUUGUCUCUCAAUUGUUUCCUUCGAGGGAUUAUAUCCUCGAGAAAAUCGAUACCAAAACACAUUGCUUCAGUACACCUUUUUUGCGAGCAAAACGUGGGGCUGAUAGUGUGUGAUCUGGAACAUCAUGGUGCUGGUGCUGUGCAUCGGCGACCUUCAUAUUCCUCAUCGAGCAACAGAUGUGCCGCCUAAGUUCAAGGCGUUGCUGGUACCCGGCAAAAUACACCACAUCCUUUGCCCUGGCAACCUCUGCACUAGGGAAGUGUAUGACUACCUGAAGACGGUAUGCACAGACAUUCACAUAACGCGAGGAAAUUUUGACGAAGCUGCUGCAAAGUAUCCUGAAGACGAGGUGCUGAAAAUUGGCAAUUUCAAGGUGGGCAUCUGCCAUGGGCAUCAGGUGACCCCUUGGGGAAGCAAUGAAGCUCUUGCGCUAGUCCAAAGGAAACUUGAUGUGGAUAUCUUGAUCAGCGGCCACACACAUGAGUUCAAGGCUUUCAAAUUUGAGGACCGAUUGCUCAUCAAUCCCGGGUCAGCCACUGGAGCUUACAGCGAUGUCAUUGAGAAUCCCAAGCCAAGUUUUGUCUUGAUGGAUAUUGAUGGAUCAAAGGCUACAGUGUACAUCUAUGAACUCAUAGACGAGGAAGUGAAGGUGGAGAAAGUAGAGUAUUCCAAAGAUGAUUAGACCCUCACAAUACAGUACAUUCGUCCAUUGCCAGUCCUGGUCAGUCCCCAUGGAAUCUUGUAUGCCAGGCCUGGUGUCCUAGAAUGUCCUGAUGUCCUGGCCAGGAAAAAAUUUACUUGCUCUUGACCUGAAUAGCACAUGUGCUCAAAUCAUGCUUGAGAGCUUUAAGAAGUU